UUUGGUAAAGAAAAUUCCUUUUUCGAAGGUUCGAGCGCUUAUAUGUUUCGUCUGUUGGUGUCGCGCGUUAAUCAACCCGCUGCACCACCAUGUCCACCGGGCACCAAUUCAGCGCAGCGGCGUUCCGGUGGCAGGAGGCCGACGGGAACCCCGACGUGGUCGCCGGCAACUGCAAGGCGGUGACGGACGCGAUCGGCGACAUAUACGCCCAGGACAUGACGAACGUCAUAUUCGGCGACCUCUACAGGAGGGCUUACUCCUUGGUCCUCCACAAGCGCGGCGAAGAGCUCUACUCCGCGGUGGAGGCCGCCAUGGCUUCGGAGGUGCAGGCCCUCGUCGGGUCACUCGCCGCCGCCGGCCCUUCUGGCCAGUCGUUCCUGCGGGAGCUACUGGCGACGUGGCGCCGGCACACGGCGGCCGUCUCUGCUAUCAGAAACAUCGUGAUGUACAUGGACCGGACGUUCGUCCCGGCCACCGGCAGGACGCCCGUCCGCGAGCUGGGGCUCGGCCUGUGGCGCGACGGCGUCGUCCGCUCCGACAGCAUCCGGCUCAGGCUGGUCGAGGCGGUGCGACUAGAACAGGGACGCGAGGGGGAGGACGGCGUGGUGGACGUGCCCGGCGCUGGCGACCUGGUGGCCGGCGUGACCGAGAUGCUGACGGAGCUUGGCGCCGAUGUGUGCCACGAAUUCAUUGACGCGCCACCCACUGUCUCUUCUUGACGCGCGCAAACUGUACUUGUAUUGUACCUGUUCUCUCCUCGAAGUAGCUCUGAACCUCUGAACUUCAUCGGCAUACUCUCGAUGCUGUAAUUGUCGCUGUAAUGUAUAUAUGCAUCGUGCACAGAUGUGUGAAAGACUGGCAUGACACACGCACUUCCAAAAUCAUUCCUAAGAUAUUCUGGAGUA